UGCACACCACUGUUUAAUGUUUAUCGGCCUCUCGCGUAGACGGCUGUGUGUCUUUCUUGAACGUUUUCAUCUCGUACGGACACAGUGAAUCAACAGAAUGGUGAGUUUUUAUCCGUUUUAAUCCACGUUUGUGUUCAACUAACAUACAUAUUACAUAUGAUUAUUUUGUUCCUCAGGGUAUCGACAUCGAUCAUAGAAGAGGGCAUAAAGCCAAACGGACUGCACCAAAGUCCAAAGAUGUCUAUCUUUUGCUGUUGGUAAAGGUACGUACGGCAGGUUUUGGUUCGUUUAGUCUGCUAUUGCCUAUUCUUAUAUGGCAGCAGUAAGGAAGUAUUAUGUAAAAAGAUCAAAAUAAUAUUUACUAUUAUAAGUAAUAAGAAUUAUUAAUUAUUGCAUUAUCGUUCAUCUUUCAGUUAUAUCGUUAUUUAGCUCGUCGUACCAGGUCUCAUUUCAAUAAAAUCAUAUUGAAACGUCUGUUUAUGUCUCGCAUCAAUCGUCCAGCGAUAUCGAUGAGCGCCAUUGCCAGAUACAUGAAUAGAGUUGCCAAUAAGAAAACACGUAUUGUUGUUGUUGUUGGAACCGUCGUCGAUGACAAGAGAUUGUUUACUUGUCCUAAACUAACUGUUAGUUUGACUUUUUUUAUGCUAUUGACUGUUAUUAAUAACAAUGUAUAUUGUACCACAGAUUUGUGCAUUACGUGUAACUGCUGGAGCUAGAGCUCGCAUCUUAAAAGCUGGUGGAGAAAUCCUCACUUUUGAUCAACUUGCAUUAAAAGCACCAACAGGCAAAAAUACGGUUUUGUUACAAGGUGAGUACUUUUUCAAUUGAUUAUACUUUUGUCUUUAUCCGCGCAAUGUGAUAAAAUUGUAUUAUUUCCAUUUGUUAAUUCUGUUGUCCAUACGUUUUUUAAAAUUUGUAGGUAUAAAUAUUAUACCAAGGCUGUAUAAGGUUACAUUUUUUUUUAACUGAAUUCAGAUAAAAUUUAAUUUUUGUUGACAAUCUAAAUAUCUUGGUUGUAGAAGUUAAAUCAAGUUUCUUUAGCCUUUUUCUUUUCUUUUUUUUAUUUGGUCUAUAAACUUUGUAAUAGUGGAUAAAAACCCCGAAAAAUGUAUAAGGUCAUAAUUUAAUAAAGCAAUUUAUUUAAAUUAUUAUUUAUCUAGGUAAACUGUUUUAAAAAAAUAAUAAGUUUGAUUGAAAACCCCGAAGUUAGAAUACUAAACUAAUAUAUUAUACCAGAGGGUAAAUCACAAAUAAAUAGUACAUCAAAAUCACAAUUUUCCCAACGAUUACCAAAAUUUCCAAUAAGAUCACAAAAGAUUUCCUGUAAGAGUAUCUUACAUUUAUACAACGAUUUCUGUUGGUGAUUUACCCUCUGCAUUUUACAGAUAUUUAUUCAAACUUCCUACAGCUAAAUUUCAAUGUUAUAGGAAAUGAGUUAAUUAAUAAAGAGAUCCAAUUUAAAAAUAAAAAUUAAUCUUGCUAUUAUACCUCAUACUCCUUUAUCAUGUUACACAAAUUGCUUCAUGCAUUUAUAGAAUUAACUUUAAUUUAAUGUAUUAGUGUCCAUGCUUGAUAAUACAAGGCAAUCUAUUCAUUUGACUAUAUUUGAUAUUUCAAAAAUUAUUGAUUUUCCAAAAAAAAAAAAAUUCUAAAUGUUACAUUUAUAUUCUUUGUCACCUUAUUAUAGUUUACCACACAAAUUAUACUCCACUACUCUUCCUCUCACUAAACAUAAAAAAAUAAUGCCUUUCAAAAUAUCAAGUGUAGCCACUUAACCCAGCAGUUUACUUUUAUAAUUUAUUGUUUCAGUUUUAAAUAAAAUAAACAAAUUAUUUGAUUGAUAACAAUUAAAAAAUCAAUAAAAUAACCGAAGAAAAGAUCACAAUUUAUCAAAAAUUUGCAUUGGUACCUAAUAUGAAAGUAUAAGUAGGGACCUGUUACCCAAUAUUUAUCUCUAUAUAACUAUCAAGAUUUCCAAUUAAUGAUAAUUGAUAGUAUGCCAUGCGCCUACAGCAGGAUAUGAAUUACCUGUUCAUCUAUAAUUAGAUUGAUAAUAUUUAUUUUUUUAUUUAUGAAAAACUUCUAUUAGAAAUUUUGCUCCGAUUUACAAGUUUAUUACUUUUUCUGAAUAGAAAUCUGACUGGGGUGGUACUCUUUUGGAUGGUUAUUUUUUUAUUUUCUCGGCUGUUUUUAUAAUAAAUGAAAAAUAAUUACAAUAUUAAAGAAAAUAUUUAAUGCAUUUGUUAUUUAUUUUACCAUAACAUAAAAUUAAAUCGGGCAUUUUACUUAAUGCCUAGGCGAAUAUUGAGAUUGUUUAAUUUGUAUAACAUUUUAUUAUACAUCUAGUUAAAUGCUCAUUUCAAGUCUGACAAAAACUAAACUAUUUUCUUAUUUUUUAUUGCCAUUCUAUACAAAAAUUAUGUAUAAUUUAUUAAUACAUACAAUACAUUGGUAUAAGAAAUAUUUUUAAUUUUGUGUCCUAAGGUAUUAUUGUAUUAAAACUUUCCUAAAUUAUAAAUUAAUAAAAAUUUAUAUUAUAAUAUCAAAUGUUCAAGUUUUUAGUUAAUACACAUAAUAUAAUGUAAAUAAUAUGUUAUUGUUUGAUGGCAUGUACUGGAACAUUUAAAAAAAUAUAUUUUAAAUACAAACAUUGACCGGACUGAUCUUUGGGUACUCUGUUAUCUUCUAAACCAUUAUUUGAAUUUAAUUUAUACAGUAUUCGAUAUGUAUAAAAUGUAUUACUUUUCAAAGGUAUAAUUCAAACACCUAUGGAACUUUAUUUUUAUUUGUUGGAUUAAAUAAUAUUAAUAAGAAAAUAUAGUUAAGUUUUUAAAAUAGUAUAAAAACGUUUUAUUUUAAUUAUUUGCCUCACCUUGUAUUUAGUUAAACUUUUAGGCUUUUAACUAAAUGUCUAGGCGGAUAGUAAAUUCUUAUACAAAUUAAACUAUUUGACUAUAUGCCUACGACAUACUUAUUAUUGAUAAAUCCUACAUUAUUAACCAAACUCUGCUCAAAAUCGUUUUUAGUUAGUAAGCUAAUGGCUUACUGAUUUACAUUAAUUCCUUCUUUACCUUCCCACUUUAACACCUACAACAUUGACCACCCACAUAUGAACUAUGCUUUUUUCGAGAAUUAGCCUAUAAUCAAAUUUUUUUUUUACUGUAAAGUUAUACAAUUACAAUAUUUAACUUACCUGAAUUUUAAUAAUCUGUUACAAAAAUAUUUACCUUUAUUUAUUUACUAAUUAAUAUUAAUUGAACCAACUUAUUUGCUUUAAACAUUUAAAAACCAGUACUUACAUUGUCUCCUGUGUGCCUCACAUAGGUUACUGGAUAGACGAGUUAGGCAUUAAGGUGGAGAAUUAGUAGAAUUAGAAAUUAAAUUAUCAUAUAUAUUUGUGUAUGGUUAUUUAAUUUAUAACUGCACUCAUCAAUAAACAUUUUCUAAGCUUAGGAGUUGCAAAUGAUGCUAAUGAUUACAAAUGUGAAUCAAAUUAUUUUCAUUAAUUUAAAGUUGGGAAAUUCUUGUUUUGCAGAAGCAAAUAUCACUAAGAGAUUUCAAAAUGAAAAAUAUGAUAGGAUAUCUUAAUUUAUAUUGCCCUAACUAUGCACUUUGCAAAUAAAUAUUUUUCCAAACUUGUACCACCAGUGUUUAUAUUUUGUACUAAUUUUAAAAUGCUUUGUUUUUACCAUUUUCAUCAAAUUUUUAACUUAUACAUUUAAAAAAAUAUAUUUUACUUUCAUUUUACCACUAAAUACAAAUUGUUAAAGAUUCAAAAAAUAAUGUAUGAAUUGCUCUUACAGAAUCCAUUUUUCGGUCUUCGAAAAACUUAUCUAUAUAUUUUGUUUUUUUUAAUUUUAAGCAGAAUAAAAAUGAAAUAUCACACAUUCAAAUAUAAAAGUUCUUCCCUUCUAAGUUUUGUCAAUUUUUUUUUUAGGAAAACGCAAGGCUCGAGAAGCAUGUAGACAUUUCGGUCCAGCUCCUGGUGUGCCGCACAGUCAUUCAAAACCAUACGUACGUUCUAAGGGACGUAAGUUUGAACGUGCUCGUGGUAGGAGGCGUGGAUGUGGUUUCAAGAAAUAAUCAUCUUGUCUCUUUUUACUUUAUUAUAUAUUUUGUGAAAAUAAAAGGGACUGUUGUUGCUGACAAAUAUAUGAAAUAUUUAAUCUUUUUAAUAAUUAAAAACAAAGUCAAUAAUUUAAUACUUAGUGGUUUUGAAAAUUGACAAAUAUAAAAAACCACAGUAAUAUAAUACAAAGGGAAAAAAAGGAAAAACAACCAAUAAGCUUAAACUUAAAAAAAGCGAGCAACAUUAUAACCAUUAUGUCAUUGAAUGCAUUUUUGACUAGAAUAAUAUAGUAAAACAAUUGAUACAAAACUGAAAUUUUGGGUGAUUAAUAAAAACAAAUUUUGUUUUUACACUUUAAAAUCAGGCCAGUAAUUUAUAUGAUAUCUUGUUGUACUGCCUUCAAAUAGUCUAUCGAGCCACAUUGGUAAUCCGUCUAAUAAUUGUUCGGUUCGGAUAUCUUCUUCUUUAUCCUAUACACAUUAAACCAUU